AUGGCCCCGAUCCUAGAAAGGAGAAGGAGGUUCUCAACCUCUUCUACUCAUCACAAACGCCGCCUGAGCGAGUUCGCUGCUAAACGGUCACCACUAUUUCUUGGAAUAUCGGCUGUAACAAGCGAUGAUGAUACCGUGGUCUUGUCUAUUGCGACUCAUGAUCAGACCUAUCUCAUUGAUUACAUGGUUGAGCAUUUGAAGAUCAAUGACUCUUCGAAAGCGGGCCAGGAUGUCAUCGCAGACUAUGUAAUCAGCCAGGUGCAGAAGUAUGAACAUGAAAACUUCGUCAAGUUUGUCGGUGCCGGGCUUCCCCUCAAUCUGAUGCAAUUGAGUCCUACACUCAAUUCCCGCCUUUGGUUGGAAAUCGAUAUCGUCCCGAUCGACUUUGACGUUGAUAGUUCCGAAACAUCCUUUUGGGAUGACAAGAACGUUGACGAACAAGCCGACUCGAUGGCGCGUAAAUGCGUCAUGGUUUUUGGACCUUCUCUGGUCCCUAUCCUACAGGUCGGCUUCCGGGGCGCUGUUAUGAGUGACGCUGGAUUUAGAGCGCACUUGACAACGCUCGGCGACUACAAACCGACAUGCAGCAGUGCAACAUGGGAUUCCACCAUGCAUUAUGCUAAUCAGCUUAAGGAGAAAAAGGUCAAAAUCGCCUUUUUCAGUUCGACUCCGCAGGGUGGCGGAGUCGCGCUCAUGCGACAUGCCUUGGUGCGGUUCGCUCGUCUCGCAGGUGUUGACUUGACUUGGUAUGUCCCGAAGCCGCGUCCAGGGGUCUUCCGAAUCACCAAGAACAUGCACAAUAUCCUUCAAGGUGUCAGCGACCCAGCCGAACGUAUUACACCAGAAGACCAAGAGACGAUUACCGAUUGGAUCACUGAAAAUGCCAAUCGUUAUUGGCUCUCUAAAGGCGGACCGUUACGUCCAGUCGAGGAAGGAGGCGCCAACGUCGUUGUGAUUGACGACCCUCAGAUGCCUGGCCUCAUCCCACUCAUCAAGGAGGUCACGCCGGAUCGGCCUGUUAUCUACCGCUCGCACAUCCAAAUUCGUAGUGACCUGGUUGCUCAAAGUGGCUCACCCCAAGAUCAAGUAUGGACGUUCUUAUGGAACAACAUUCGGCAUGCGGAUAUGUUCGUGAGCCAUCCCAUACCUAAAUUUGUUCCAGCCAACGUGCCCCGCGAGUUGGUCACCUACUUGCCAGCUACUACUGAUUGGCUCGAUGGCUUGAAUAAGCACAUAAACGACUGGGACACCGGUUACUAUGGAACCAACUACAAUUCGCAAUGUCAUGCUCAACAUAUGACUCCGCUGAGAUAUCCAGAUUCCAAAUACAUUAUCCAGGUCGCUCGCUUUGACCCUGCGAAAGGAAUACCCACGGUUGUUGACUCGUACGGCGAGUUUCGUAAGCGCGCCCAAGAACUAGGGAUAGAGGAUGUCCCUCAGUUGAUAGUUACCGGCAAUAGCUCCAUUGAUGAUCCUGACGGGAAUUUGAUAUACGACCUCGUCAUGGAUCAGAUUGAGACCCACUAUUCAGAAUACGCAGAUGACAUUAGCGUCAUGCGUCUACAGGCCAAUGAUCAGCUUCUGAAUACCCUUAUCGCAAAAGCACAUGUCGUGCUGCAGCUGUCCACGCGGGAAGGGUUUGAAGUGAAAGUGUCCGAAGCGCUGCACGCCGGACGACCGGUGAUUGCCACUCUAGCGGGCGGAAUACCGAUCCAAGUCAAAGAUAAGGAAAAUGGUUUCCUCGUCGAGCCCGGCGACUAUAAGGCCGUGGCACAACACCUCAUAGAGUUAUUCACCGACGAAGACCUAUGGAAUCGGAUGAGCCGCGCAGCGAGAACUGGUGUCAGCGACGAAGUCGGUACGGUUGGCAACGCCUUGUCAUGGUUCUACCUCGCAAAUAAAUUCUUCGAUGUCGGAGCCAAUAAAACUGGUAUUAACGGCGUUGGAGGGUUUAAGGGGAGCUGUAGAUGGGUGAACGACCUGGCGCGAGAAGAAGCUGGCCAUCCGUAUAAAGAAGGGGAGAAUCGUCUCCCACGCGAGUUUACGAAGUAA